ACGCCCCAUUGUGGUUUCAUAUGGAUGUGGGGAAUGCAGCUUUUCUUACCUGGUGGGCCAUCCAGCAUUUGUGUGUGUGUUUGUCUGAUUGUGAGGAGGGUGUGGUGCCAGAGAGCAAGAGCAUGCUUUGCUGCUUAUGUUUUUUUUUGGUCUGUUUAUUUCGGGGCUGAUGUACAAAAUCUGGGCCACAAGGUUAUAUGGAGGAAAAGAUAAUUUGUUUGUGUUGGCGAGUGUGUUGCAACGGGGUUGUUUGCUGUUGCAAAAAAAAGGACAAUCAUCUUGUAAAGCCCUCCUCCGAUUUCAUUGAUGUUCAUUAUGGAAAAUCGCAGCUGCAGUAAAUUUUAAUACUGCAGUCAUGGAUUCACUUUUAAAUUACGUUUUUCCUUUUAACAUGGUUAUAUGUUAGCACUGCUUCAUUCAUCCCUAAUCACAAGCAUUGCUACAACGCCAUUGUCAAUCAUUGAACUGACAUAUAUAUGUUGUACUCAAUCUAAAUUAUGCUGAAUAACCAAGUCCUAUGAAAAUAUCAAAGCACAAGGCAUUUUUUUAAUCCCUGGUUGUCAUGGCAUUGCAUGAUGUUAUCAAAUUUAAACUGAGAGUGGGAACCGUUUGAAGUAGGGAUCGACCGAUACCGUUUUUUUAGGGCCGAUACCGAUACCGAUAUUUUUUCAUCAGCCUUAGCCGAUACGCCGAUACGCCGAUACCGACUUUCUUGAGCCGUUUUUUUUUUCUUUUUUUUUUUAAAGAAACAUUUAUUGAACUUCAAUAUAAAAAACAAUAUUUAACAAAUAGUAAAAACAGGUGAAGUAGAACAAGUAAGAACAAGUAGAUGAACAAUAUUUAACAAAUAGUAAAAACAGGUGAGGUAGAACAAGUAAGAACAAGUAGAUGAACAAUAUUUAACAAAUAUUAAAAACAGGUGAGGUAGAAAGUAAAAAAAAAAAAUAAAAAAAAAAUCGGCGAAAAUCAGCCGCGUAUCGGCCGAUACCGAUACACGUAAAAAACGCGAAUAUCGGCCGAUAAUAUCGGCCGACCGAUAUAUCGGUCGAUCCCUAGUUUGAAGGACGGCUUAUAUAUCAUACUUAACUGCAGUUCAGUGAAUUCAAUUUGGGAAAGAAGUCGCACUAGCUCGAGAUCAUGUUAUGAAUUGCAAUUUAAUGGCGCUCCAAGGAGGACGUUUAAAAACUCCAGAGAAGAAGCUGAAAUGAUUACUUGGUUUGUUGCUUGUGUGCGUGUGCGCGCUUGCCUGCGUGUGUGUGACUACAAUGCUGAUGUGGGCCCUGCUCAAGUUCUAUUUUUAAAUGGCAGCACCUGGAUCCAGUUAAUGUCUGGGGGACGGAAGAUUACUCCUCUGCAUUUAAAAAUGAAAGCACAAUGUAUGCAACGAGAAAAAGCAGCAAUACAUGUAUGGUUGAGCCAAGCAUUUACUGGUGUUAAAGAUUACUCCUCACAAUAAAUGUAUAGUAUGUCACUGUUUUAGCCAGUAUUAUUCCUUUAAGCUCUCUAAAUUAAACGGCACUAUACCGUGUACACAAAAAAGUAGGCAUGAAAUGUGUCAUACACAUGCUCUCUUUGGCUGAAGCUAGUUUUACUUUAAUUCUGGAAUUCGGUGAAUCUCUGAAUAGAUCAUUGAUAUAUGAGGUGUAAUCUCAUCAAGCUAUCUACAUACAUACCAAUCAAAAACACACGUUCAAAUGUACUUUAAUGAAGUGUAUAAUGUCUCGUAUUCCAAUGCUCCAUUCUUAGGUGAUCUUCAGUCUGUUUUUAAUUGUCGGUUUGCAACACCCCUGGUUGUGUGGUCCGAUGUUUGUUUGUUUGGUUGGGUGCCGUAAUCAACAUGAAAUCAAACGGUACAUGAUGAUCAAUCAGUAAUGUUCAAUCACACUGUGUGUGAUGGGCUGCAAGGCGAAGGCUUCAAUGAAGGAAAAGUAAAGUAGGUAUGAGAAUGGGCUGAAACGACGUGUGUGUGGUGGUUGGUGACAUGGAGCCACACAGGGAAGCAAAGGGAAGAAGAUCUCCUUUUGGCUCCUUCCAGAUCAGUUCAAUCGAUUGUUUUGGGGGGAUAACUGGUGUCGCCGGUCAUGGCUGUGGUUUUGGUUUUGGGUGAAACAAGUUGAACAUGCGUUUGAGUGUUAUUUCCCCGAGCCUUCAUCUAAAAUCGGCUGUUUUAUCAGGAUUCCUGCGUGACAGACGCCAGAAACCUGGGGUGGCUGCUCAAAGACUUGAAAGACUAAGAAAAGAGCGACAAAACCAAAUCAAAUGCAAAACUGUUCAGUGGAAGGAGAGGCCAUCAUCGUCAUCGCAAUCAGUGGAAGACAUGAGCUCUCUGUUUGCGAAGCGGGACCUGAGGAACAGAGAGCAAAUCACAGGCUCCAAGUCCACGCUGUCCCUGCGCCUGGAGCAGUGUCCCCAGCAGCUCAACAACCCCUUCAACGAGUACUCCAAGUUUGACGGCAAGGGCCACAUCGGUACGACGGCCACCAAGAAGAUCGACGUGUACCUUUCCAUGCAGAUGACCCAGGAGAAGCUCCACCCCAUGACGGUGGUCACCAUCGCCAACGCCCGCGUGCACGACCUCAUCGGCCUGAUCUGCUGGCAGUACACCGGAGAGGCCCGCGAGCCCAAGCUCAAUGAGGACGUGACCGCCUACUGCCUGCACAUCGCCGAGGACGACGGCGAGGUGGACACGGACUUCCCCCCGCUGGACUCCAACGAGCCCAUCCAUAAGUUCGGCUUCAGCACCCUGGCGCUGGUGGAGAAGUACUCCUCGCCCGGCCUGGCCUCCAAGCAGUCUCUGUUUGUCAGGAUAAAUGCUGCUCACGGUUUCUCCCUCAUCCCGGUGGACAGCCUUAAGGUGACCAUGAAAGAGAUUCUCCAAAAAGCACUUAAGAAGAGGAAAGGCUCUCAAAAAGGCUCAGGACCCAUGUACCGCCUGGAGAGGCAGACGGAGCCCAACGAGGCCGUGGACCUGGAGUGCACCCUGGAGAGCCAGAACACCCUGGAGUUCUGCCUGGUCCGCGAGAACAGCUCGCGUGGGGAGGAGAGCUCGGAGGAGGACCCGCCCAUCGACAUCACCACGGUGCAGGACAUGCUGAGCAGCCACCACUACAAGUCCUUCAAGAUCAGCAUGAUCCACAAGCUGCGCUUCACCACCGACGUCCAGCUAGGCAUUUCCGGGGAGAAGGUGGAGAUCGACCCGGUCACCAAUCAGAAGGCCAGCACCAAGUUCUGGAUCCGCCAGAAGCCCAUCUCCAUCGACUCGGACCACCUGUGUGCCUGUGACUUGGUGGAGGAGCGCAGCCCCAGUCACGCCAUUUUUAAGCUCACCUACCUCAGCAACCACGACUACAAGCCCCUCUACUUUGAAUCUGAUGCUGCUACCGUCAACGAGAUUGUGCUGAAGGUGAACUACAUCCUGGAGUCCCGGGCCAGUACCUCGAGGGCCGACUACUUUGCCCAGAAGCAGCGCAAGCUGAGCCGCCGCACCAGCUUCAGCUUCCAGAAGGACAAGAAGGCCGGCCAAUAGAAAUGACUCGCGGGAGCGUGGCUGAUUUUUAAUCCUCUCGUGGGGGUACUAAGGGCGUGUGUACGGACGUGGCCUGACGCAUGGUCGUCACACACACGCGCACGUGCACGCACACACACACACGAGGACCGCAGAGGAACGGGCCAAAGACAAAGCGUCAUAAUGGAGGAGGGAGUCCAGUUCUUGAAAGGCUGGACGGACUGAAGGACAG